GUCACGAGUCUAGGCCACGCAGCGAAGGCGACAAGCUUCGCAUUCACGAUUCACGAUUGUGAUUUCUUCCUUCACCCAUUCUUCGACCCAGCCGUUCUGCCCCUUGGACCUCAACAUCCACUACGCACCACAGCCUUGAUCAAGCUGCAAAGAUCAUAGACUGAACGCUGCAGUUUUGAGUCUGCACCACGAUCUGGUCUCCCGCCCUUCGGCAGCACCCAAGACCGGAUCGACAAUCUUCGCGAGCGCGAGCAGCAAGAUCCGGACGUCAGCCGCGCUGAUGAAGAGGUGCAGAGGUGGUGGAUAGCACUGCGACGGCGCUGCCUUUCACGAGCACCAACAAAAUCUCCUCCAUCUUUUCCUUUCAACCUCGGCCACCUUCGUCAUGUUCUCCAGCCUCAUUUCUGCGCCGUGUGAGAUCAAGCUUCAUCUCUUGUCCAACCUCGUAUUUCUGCGUCCACCUACCACCGCAUCUUCCGACACUGCCCCUCCUACCGCGACAGAUGAGAUAGUACGAGGACUGGUGGAGCUCUACGUCCCACACGCUCGGCACAUUCAAGGCAUCAAGGUCAAGCUCAAAGCCGUUCAAACCGUAGCCAUCUUGCCAGACUUUCGCGAACUCAACUCCCUCGCUGGACAUGCACCGCUAGGAUGGGAGGACACGGUGCUGAUGGAGAAGAGUGUGCAGAUUGGCUUUGCAGGUCCGAGCAGCGGCGCAGGUGGGAAUGCGAGGAGCGUCAGCAGAAGGAGAGAUGCAUCAGUCGCGCCAGCCGGUGCGACCAUUGCCGAGGCGGACGAGCCUCGUGGUCGCACGGCAGCCAGGAGCAGACGAGCAAGCCCGGUGGUGAGCCUCAGCAGGAGAGCCAGUCCAGUUCGGCAAGGAUCGGGAGAUGUCUCGGCUUCCGAGGAUAAUGCUGCUUCUCAACAUUCGCACCAUCACAACGCGCUGGGUGGCUUGGGAGCCGCUUUCGUCAGAGCAGUCUCGCGCGGUAGACCAGGUAGUCGGCCGAAUAGUCGACCGCCCUCUCAACCACCCAGCAGACCCAGCUCUAGACCCGCAAGUCGCGCCGCUAGUCCAAUCAUGGGCUUCUCUCCAGCCUUGAGUCCUAGCGCCAACACCGCCACGCCCAACUCGCCGAUUCCCAGUCCGACUCGUAGCAUGCCUGCCGUGCGUCCAAACGAGAGCGGUGUGACGCCGAGGCAUAGCGUCUCCUUUGAGCACCGUGGAUCAGAGUCGGUCACACCGAUUGGCGACGACGAGGCUCCUUCGUACUUUGCCGCCUGCGACGGAGAUGCACGAGGCCGAUCGUCCUUGUCCGCCACGGCGGAACGCGUGUCAUCGAUGUCGAUGGAUCCGCACAAUCCUUCCGCAAGUGGACCCUCGACUCCUAGCUCGCCCGCCGAACAUGUACCAGCCCGAGGUCGGGGUGGUCUGGGUGCCGCACGUACUGGCCAAGCGAUGACAGCGUCGAGUCCAAGCCAUGAAGAGCACGGUAGCUCGCGGGCUUCACGCCUGGGACCUGGACGAGGAGGGGUCGGCUCGGCUUCUGCAGCUGUAUCAGGAUCUAGAAGCGCAAGCGUGGGCUGGCCUUUCGGCAGAGCAGCUAGAUCAGCCUCUCGAGGAGCUGGUCUGAGAGGCGCAGCUAGAAGCUCUAGCACUGCUCCGGCUAGGAAUGGAGGCAGAACCCCUAGCGCCGACCCAACUUUGGCUCAUAGAGAGGAAGACGAUGAAAAGGAGGGUAUUUGGUUGGAGAAAGGCGUUCAUGGCUUCGAGUUUGCCUUUAUCAUACCCGCCGAUUCCCCGCCUUACGAGCGCAGUCCAUACGGACGGGUGCGCUACACUAUCAAAGGUUCCGCGUACGGGGCUGGUAGAGCGAAGAGCAGUGUCGAAGGCUGGAGAGACACGUUCCCCGUAGUAAAUCCUGCUCCUGAUGGUGGGCCUACGCCGCUCAUGGUGCUGUACAAUGAUGUGCAUCCUACUCUUGGCGUGGUCUCCAUCGCCUGCACCUCCAAUAACAUCAGCGUUGGGGGCAUCUUCAACAUCGACAUUCACUCGCCGACACCGCCGCGAGAGCUGCUGGUCUAUCUUGUGCGCGUGUCGCUGGAAACGACUGUCGAAGUGCGCACCAGACGCAAAGGCGUGCAAAAAGCGCCUUUGCACAAGCACAAACUUUGGGAGAAGGGUUGGGUACCACCAAGACCGAAAGAUCCUCAUGGUCCAGGUGACGGAAAGAAGAGCGAAGGGUUGGUGAGAGAUCCGAAUCGAGUCGGAUCGGGAGCUGAAGACGCAUGGUCUGUUCAAGGUGUCGCUCGAAUGCCUCACGAUAAUCAGACGAGAGCAAGCACCGUGGCGGGCUCCAAGAGCAGCAUCCGAUAUACGCAUCAGCUACUGGUCGAGGUUGUGCAUAGUCGAGACGCGUUUGCGCCAGAACACGAAAGAAAGCUCAAAGUCUUUGCGCUCAGACAGCCAGUGCUUCUGCCCAGCUGCUGCGUCGCGUUUGACAGCGUGCUUCUUCCGCAGUACUCUGCGCAGGAUCCGAGCGCAAGGAGCGCUACGAUGCCCUACGACUUGGCCUUGCAGCACGAACACCUUCAAAGCGCCUCUGCCAAUUCGGUCAUGAUCGGAGCUGGUGCACCUCAACAUUCUCAGCCUGGCUCUUGGUUGAAUACGGCUCUGCCUGCGACUGGAGAAGGGCACGAUGCGUGCGUGUGCGGUCUGAGCACCGAGGACUUGGCGGAGAGGGAAAGACAGAUGAUACCGCCCGCACCCAGCGGUGGGUAUCGAUACUCGAUCGAUGCGCCUGUAGGCCAAUUGCGCUCGCACGGCAAGAUCGGAGAGCUGCCUGAAAGCAAUGGAGGAUUGGCUCGAAGUCCUAGCAGGAGCAGUAUCAGAUCGGGCAGAAGCAUCAGCAGAUCCAUCUCUCGCAGCAUCAGUAGAGCCAGAGCUCCCAGCCAAGGAAGCGCUCAUCGUAUUGCCGCCUCCAACGGCGAGGCGGACGGCUCGACCAGCGAAGGCGUCAUUAGAGCAAUGAGGAGAGGUUCUCUACCUCCACCCCUCGACGGGGAGCAAGACGGAACGACUGCAGCGCGUAGGACCAGCUCGGCCAUCUCCAAUGGCAGCGGCGAACCCGGCACAGGCAUCGCCUCUUCUUCCUCACAGGGCGCUCGAACUGAUCUGCCACCCCCACCCACUUACGCAUCGCUGCGACAUGCCAGUGGCGAGUCAGGAACGCGCGAGCCAAGCGGCGACGCUGGACAGUGAUGUGUCAAGUCGUAAGCGCAGACGCGCUUGCAUUGCAAUGACAGGAAUAAAUGUCACCCUCCGAAGAAAAUAAAACAAGGAUGA